AUGAGUGAUUUAAUUAAUGCCAGCGAAGCAGCAUCUCUCGCUGUUAGAUUUGAUCAAACAGGACAGAUUGAUAAAGCAGUGGAAUGCUAUAGAACAGCGGCUAGGUUGUUGGACCGAGUUUGUGAUCGAGUACCUUCAGAAAAACAAGUUGAUAUACGAGUAAAAGUUAAGGAAUAUUUAGAAAGAGCUACUUUUUUACAAGAACAGAAAGAUAGAGCUAAGCAAGCUGAAAGUGAGCGUGGGAUGCAACAAUGCUACUUUCUUAUGCAACAGGCUUUAGAUGCAGAUGAGGCCAAUUUAAAGGACCUGGCCUUAAAGCUUUAUACACAGGCUGUAGAAUUGGCUGUCAGUAUUAAUACAAAUGAUCCUGAAGUCAAACAAAAAGUGAAAAAUGUCGCUGCACAAGCUUUAGACAGAGCUGAGGAGUUAAAAGGCAUUAAGAAAAUCAGUGCACUAUCAAUCAAUGGACCUUCAAAACCUGUGGUAUCACCUAAAGCUCAAUUGCAGAGGGAACAAAGUGUACACUUGAAAGUGACUGGGAAGCAAGUGUACACAGAAGAAGAAAAGGAGGUCCUGCGUCAGACGUCGCACAUAAACAACAACUGUUUCCUACCUUUCAUGGAUGUGGACCUAUCAGAGAAAUUCCAAUACGCGAUACCGUUUGAAGAUAGAGCCAGUGAAUUGAAACUGUCUUCGAAGCAGCAGAAAGAGUUUGAUUGUUGGAUCCGACCACACGAAGUUUCUGUUGACCCUAAAAUGAUAGUUGGGGAACAUGUGGACUGUUUUAGUAUUAAACAAACGAUAGUCUCCGAUUGUUCGUUCGUUGCGUCCCUCGCUGUCAGUGCUUUAUAUGAGAAAAGAUUCAAAAAGAAAGUAAUCACUUCCAUUAUAUAUCCUAAGAAUAAAAACAAAGACCCUGUGUACAACCCCUUCGGUAAAUAUAUGGUGAAGCUACAUCUUAAUGGAGUAAGGCGAAAGGUAAUAAUUGAUGAUCGUCUUCCGUAUAGUAAGUACGGCCGCUUGCUUUGCUCCUAUUCGAGCAAUAAAAACGAAUUCUGGGUGUCCAUGUUGGAGAAAGCCUACAUGAAGGUUAUGGGUGGUUAUGACUUCCCUGGAUCUAAUAGUAAUAUUGACCUACACGCAUUAACCGGUUGGAUACCAGAGCGAUGUGCGAUCCGCACAGGCGAGGCGGAUUUCAACGCGGACGCGUUAUACGAAACGAUACGGACACGACUCGACCGCGGCGACGUGCUGGCGACUGUGGCGACGGGCGCGCUCUCAGAUGCGGACGCCGAGAGGACCGGUCUCGUGGCCACACACGCGUACGCCGUGUUGGACGUGCGGCUCGUCAAUGACGUGAAGCUUCUAAAACUGAAGAAUCCGUGGUCUCAUCUCCGUUGGCGGGGUAACUACAGCGAACUUGACACUGCACACUGGACCGCCUCACUUCGACAGCAACUGCACUACGACCCGGACAGCGCGGCGCAGUAUGACAACGGAGUCUUUUGGAUAGAUUAUAACAGCAUACUGAAGUUCUUCGACGUCUUCUACCUCAAUUGGAACCCGGAGCUUUUUAAAUUCACCUAUUGUAUACACCAGAAAUGGGAUGCUGGCAAUGGUCCAGUGAAAGACGCGUACAACAUCGGCGAGAACCCGCAGUUCUCUCUGCACUUGCAGGGAAGCGGCGCUGUCUGGUUGCUGCUGACGCGUCACAUUACGCAGAUCGAUGAUUUCAGGGACAACAAGGAAUAUAUCACGUUGCUGGUUUACAAGAACAAUGGGCGGAGGGUAUACUAUCCAUACGAUCCACCGCCAUAUAUCGACGGUAUACGAAUAAACAGUCCGCACUACCUCUGCAAGAUAAUAACGGGCGAGAACAGUUGCGACAGAUACACACUGGUCGUAUCGCAGUAUGAGAAGACGCGGACGAUAUACUACACGUUACGUGCGUACGCGACCUGUCCUAUAUCGAUGGCCAAGUUGGAACCCUACCCUUAUACUAAAACGAUGCGGGGUGAAUGGUCAGGGAGGACAGCAGGUGGGUGUGAAAAUCACAGGGCGACAUAUCCAAAUAAUCCUAAGUUUACUGUAACGGUCCCAGAAGCGAGAGCACCUUGCAGUUUGGUUGUGGAGCUCAAAGGCCCCAAACAAUAUCAGAUCGGAGUUGAUGCCAAGGUGGACUCACUUGAUGACCCAAACGUUACGGCGCCAUUUUUAAAAGAAUCUUCUGGUCCGUACAGAUCCGGCUUCGUAUACCUUGAGUUACGUAAUCUACCGGCGGGCCGGUACAUACUAACUGUGUCCACUUUCUAUCCGGGUCAGGAAGGACCGUUCAUACUGGAACUGAAGUCUACGUGUGAAUUGACGUGUGAAGUGCGUAACUAG